AUGCACGGUGAAGAUAGGCACCCUCAUUCAGCGUUCUCCGCUCCUAGUUUGGUGAGUGCAUCGAGCAACAGCAGUGGAACAAGUGGAAACUCUAUUAGCGGACAGUCUUCAUCCCUGGCUGUGGCUACUGCCGGACAGAAAAUGGACUCUGAACUUCGCUGUCCAGCUUGUCGACGUUAUUUCUAUUGCCCAUUGUUGCUUCCAUGCGGACAUUCGUUAUGUACCUCCUGUGCAGCUGCCGGUCUGCUUCCAGCUACGGAGCCACAUGUGGCGGCAGCAAUUCAGGCGGCAUUAACACUGCCAACAACAGAUCAGUACAAUACCGCGGCUGGCGCCUCAUUCUCUUCUGCUUCUUCAACGACAGGCAGUAGCAGUGGUUGUUCGAGCCAACCAUUUGGACAAAACCAGAGUCAACCCUCACACAUUCCCAACAGUGCAAUUCAUCAUGUCAGUUCGGCCCAUUCAGACUCCGACCAGGUUAGCGUAUUAUCAGAAACAGAUUCUGGCGUAGUUGUCAGUAGUAGGCCUGGUAGCUAUAUUGCUCGAACGUCUGUGCUAGUUAGCCAUUCAAAUGGGUCAUCUUCUAGCCUCAACACGAUCACACAUGGACUUAUUUGCCCUGCAUGUAACCGGAUUAUUGCGCUCUUGGACGAUAAAGGAAUCGGUCACUUACCCCGGAACCGAGCGCUUGAACGAGUGGUUUUCAAGUUUGCCAGUCCGGAAAUAUUGCAACAGAAUCUAAUUAAAACUACUGUGGUCAACACGGAGACAUUUCCCCUACUUUCAGCCACAGAUCCUCUAAAUCGUCCUGGAGGUCCGCUUUGUCAAUUGUGCGAGGAGCCUGAAAAGGGUGAAUCCGAACAAAUAGGGAAUGUAGCAUCUGUUUGGUGUGAACAAUGUGAAAUAUUCUAUUGUACAAGUUGCAGAGAAAAGUGCCACCCUUCAAGAGGUCCGCUGAUGCGCCACGCUCUACACACGGCAGUCAAAGGCGUAGAAAUUGUUAGAAGAAAACGUCAGAAUCAACCUCCUCCCUGUUUAGUGCAUUCUCACUCACCGGUCACUUUCUACUGCCUCAACUGUCAGGUAGCUGUUUGCACAGAAUGUCUGGAAAGUGAUAGUAAUUUGCCCAGUGAAAGUCACGGGAAACACGAGGUACAACCUCUAAACUCUGCUUGCAAGUCGAAGAAGACCGAGCUAUCACAAGCACUCCAGUCACUUUCCGAAAAAGCCCGCACAGGAACAGAAUUUAUUCAACAGCUUCGCUCAAAAACAGAAGCCGUAAAUCAAAAAAUGCUUGAAUCGGAGCGUCUGGUAAUCGCUCAGCUGAACAUUUUGUUAGAGGUGCUAGAAAAGAAGAAACUGGAGCUUACUAACAGGUUACGAGAAGCACGAGAAUCAAAGUUGUGCAACAUGAAGGGCCAAAUAAGUCAAAUUACCGGAUUGUUAACGCGAUCGACGGGGCUCAUUCAAUUCUGCAUAGAAAUGUUGAAAGAAAGUGAUCCGUCGGCGUUUAUGGUGGUAUCGCAGUCACUGAUCAUGCGAGCCAGAGACGCGGAAUACCACUUCACACAGGAACUAGACCAAGCGGUACCUACAAGCGACCAGGAAGAUUCGGACGUCUAUCAGUAUCCUGCAAGUCCAGAACACGAGGUGCAUCUAUCCAAAGGAGUCGUUAGAAAGGUACCUAAUAAGAACAUGAGGAAAUACGACAGGAACGUAAGCGAAACCAGUCUGCAUGGAAACGCAGUGGAGGCAAUUAGACAAGCAAUUUUAGAACUUCGUCUUCAAGAAGAUCAAACAGUGAGAACGUACGCAUGUGAAACUGAAGAGGCGCCAAAUCGUAAACGAGAAGUGCCGUCGCCUCCUGUGUUCAUCGUUGAAGAAUGCAUUUCUGAACGGAAUGUAAUUACGUUGGUAUGGCAACCGUCGUCCACCACAUCUAUUGAUCGAUACACACUGGAACUUGACGAUGGAGCAAAUGGAAAUUUCCGAAAAGUUUACCGCGGCCCUGAGACGAUAUGUACCGUUGAGGGGCUACAUUUUCGCUCUGUUUAUCGUGCUCGGGUCAAAGCACAUAAUCAAGUAGGCGAAAGUGCUUACAGUGAACGGAUAUGUUUGCAAACAUCUGACUUCACUUGGUUCCAUCUGGACUCGACCGUUGCUGCACCAGAAAUCCUGUUAACAAAUGGCAACAGGACAGUUACGAGUCAGGUAGCAGAAGAUCGAGUGAUAAUUGGCUCUACUGGAUUAUCGCGUGGCGUUCAUUACUGGGAAUUUACCGUGGACCGCUGUGAUGCUGGCGGGCAACCGGCGUUCGGAAUAGCCAGACAGGACUGUAACAAGGAAAUCAUGUUGGGUUUGGACAUGCGUAGCUGGUCUGUAUACUUUGACCACAAACGAAGCUGGUUCCUUCACAACGGUGAACACUUCGAACGAACAGAUGGAGGAGUACGGACGGGAUCAGUAGUGGGUGUGCGAUUUGACUGCAACAGGGGCACGUUAUCCUACUAUCUAAAUGACGAGCCACAUGGACCAAUCGCUUUCACGAAUCUUCCACCUGGAGUCUAUUUUCCGGCGGUCAGCUUGACUCGAGCCAUCCAGCUUACUUUGCACUGUGGCUUAGAGGCACCCAGUGAGAGCGAAGAGAGCGAUGAGGACAGUUCCGGUGGAGGUACAGGCACGGAGACAACUUCAAUGGCGACUACUGUUCUCGGACAGCCCCCAGCUGGAUCAACUGCAUCACAUAUGACACCCAGAUCGUAAACGUAUCUUUUCAACCGUCUCGUUCACAACCACUCCGGAUGUAUAAUGUAUGACACUGAAACACUGACUUCUGAGGAUAUUCCGUUUCUGUACAGAAAUACUUGCUUAUCCGAAACCCUUUUUAAAACAGAACUAUUGUUUUUAUCCAUCCCUCCUUCCCGUAAGUGUCACACCUUUCCACAAAGAUACUGCUAUAUUACCGUGCAGACUGUAUUCUAUUGUGCAAUUCGGGGACAAUUCAUUGUUUAUUGAUUGAUUUACGUGCGCCA